CUAUGCAUUUAGUUGACCAAUCAGAUUCCGAGUUUCUGCUAGAACGCACGCGCUGUUUGGGUGUGCGCUCGUGCUGUCGGUCUUGGGUUGUCAAAUCGCUCGAGCGUCCUCUGCACCUGCGCAUGCACCAAGAAAUAUUUAUAAAACAUAAAAUAUCGAAUAUUUGGCGUUUUAAUGACCGAAAAUGCAGAAGAGUUUAGUGUAUCUGUUUGUAAUGUACGUGUUGGCGGUAGGAGCGAGUUCUCUGGGGCGCACGGGGCAGCCGUGUGUCGCCCCGUUACAGUGGGAGGGUCGAACCGUCCAGUAUGACCACAGCACCGGGAGGAACACGCGCGCAUCCGUGGCGUAUGAUGCAGUAAAUCAACGCAUAAGAGUGUUCGAGCAGAAGACAGGACACACACCGUGCAAAAAGUUCUUUGAAUACAUCUACUUGUUUAAGAGUGGCGUGUUUUUCCAGAUUGAACAAGUCACCAAAGCAUGUGCUAAGCUUAAUUUGACUGAGGCUUGGGACCCAUAUGACAUCCCAAUGAACUCCACAUAUGAGGAUCAGUAUUUCAUUGGUGGGCCUGAAGAUAUGAUUGAGGUUCAAGAGUGGUCUGACCGAAAGCAUGCUCGCAAAGAUGAGACCUGGGUGGGAGUUUACACCAUGAAAGACUGCUACCCCGUGCAUGAGACGUACACUAAGAACAGCAGCGUGACCACCACCACUCGCUUUUUUGACCUGGAACCGGGCAUCAGUGACCCUGAAGUGUUCAUCCCACCCAGCACCUGCACGUCGGCUCUGUCUGAACCUAUGACCUCUGACUGCUGAGCCUUUUAUUUCUAGUCAAUCACUUUUCUGCUGUCUGCUCAGCUUGAUGAUUGGCACAUACAGUAGUAGCUAGGAUUUCUAGGUGGAUAAUAAAGUCAUUGAGACAGAAUGAAAAGUAAGUUUAUCUACCUGGAAAGCAUAUUCGUAGCUUUAUACACGAUUGAAUAAAAGAAUAUACAUAAUUUUUAGUAACUUUUGUGCCUAAGAUUUAAACAGGAAUACAUUCCCAAAUGCAACGCAUACAUAGGCAACCAUAUUUCACUUCAACCUAACCUAAGCAUAUUUCUGCAUUCUGUCCCCACAUCUAACAGUUAAUUCAGCUUAUAUUUCUUUUUUAAGAACAAAUCUAAUGUGAAUGGUCCCAUUUCUGACUGGCUUUUACUCAUGCAAUUUAUAUUACAUACUGUAUGUAACAUGUCUGCUUUAAUUUUCAUUAAUCCAUGCUACAAACC